AUGGCCCAAGUUCAGUCAUCUUCGUCACCGCCAAGCGAUGCUCGAAAAACUGUGGGUAAACCAACACACAUCAGAGCAAACUUCUACCCUGUGGAAAUGCUGCCCUCUUUAAAAAUCCACCAUUAUGAUGUCUCUAUCACGCCUGACGUUUUUCCGAGGCUAAACCGGCUAGUGUACGAUAAUUUUGUUCGUAUUCACGGUGCAGUCGCGUUUGGAGACAGUAAACCUGUUUACGAUGGUCGCAAGAAUUUAUUUGCGGCAAAGAAAUUGCCUUUGCAAGAUGCCUGUAGUUAUAUUCUAACUUUACCCGAGGAAGAUGGCAGUGCCCAACGAUCGAGACGUCCUCCUCGCCGUUUUGAAGUUAAGAUUAAAGGAACAAGUCAGAUUCAAAUGCGAGAACUACAAGCUUUCUUGCAUGGCGACAGUCAACUAACACCUUCUUGCUUGACUGCUAUCAUGGCAUUGGAUGUGUUGAUCAGACACAAGCCUUCUAUGACUUAUGCUACUGUCGGUCGUUCGUUUUAUACAUCGGACAGUUCCCAGCAUUUGUAUGGUGGUGUCGAAGUAUGGCAAGGAUAUUAUCAAUCUGCUCGACCAACCACCGGAAAAAUGAUGAUAAACAUCGACGUGAGCGCCACUGCUUUCUAUGAAGGCGGACCACUGGUUCCAAUUGUUGUCAAGGCAUUGGGAAGGAGGUCUCCCGACGAUCUUCGAAGAGGAAUCGACGAGCGCGAUAGAGUCAAGCUUGAAAAGUUUCUAAAGAAUUUGAAAAUUCGAGUUAGUCAUCGUGGUAAAGAGGUCUCUCAUCGUCGAUUCCGAAUCAAUAAAUUAACUGAGAAAUCCGCCAACCAAACUGUAUUUCAACUAAAUAAUGAACCUGUGGAUGUAGUGACUUAUUUUUUAAGGGUUUACAAUUUUCGUCUUGCGUACCCAUUUAUGCCGUGUGUGGUAGUCAGACGAGAUAUAUUUUUGCCAAUGGAAGUCUGUAAUGUUAUCGAGGGGCAGCGAUACUUAAGAAAACUUAAUGAAAAACAAACGGCAGAUAUGAUCAAAUCUACUUGUCAACCGCCUCACAUUAGAGCAAACAAAAUCAAUGCUGGCUUGAAGAUUUUGAACUAUCGUGAAAACGAAUACUUGAAAGAAUUUGGAAUAAAGAUCGGGCAUGAAAUGGUCCAGCCACCAGCCAGAAUCCUCCCAGUUCCUACCAUAAACUACCAUCCUUCUUCUCGCAAUCAUUCUUUUCAACCACGAGAUGGUGUUUGGAAUCUUCGCGAUAAAAAAGUGGCCACAGGAGCUACUCUUGGAGCAUGGGCUGUCAUUGUAUUUGGAUCAGAACAUGAAUUUCCCAUUCAGUCGAUCAGACAUUUUGUGCGGGAACUUGUCAUUAUAUGUGUUGAUACUGGGAUGAAUGUUCCAAACAAAGACCCGCUAAUUUCGUAUGCUAAUCCUCAAGCAAACAUCACCGAAAUUAUGAAACAAACAUGGUUAAAUGCGGGAAACACAGCCAAAGCACAACCUCAAUUGCUCUUCUGCAUCCUUCCAAAUACCGGAAUGCAACUCUAUUCCGAGAUCAAACGCGUCGGGGAUACAUUGAUUGGUGUUGCCACUCAGUGUUGUCAAAGUAAACAUAUAAUCACAGCCAAAAAACAGUACUGCGCCAACAUUUGUAUCAAGAUUAAUGUUAAGUUGGGAGGAAUGAAUUCGUUCUUAACGCCUGUUGACAUUGAAUUUGUUUCAGAGAGACCGACAAUUAUUAUGGGUGCUGAUGUGUCGCAUCCUGGCCCAGGUGAAAAUAAGGCUUCAAUUACAUCUGUUUGUGGUUCUAUGGACUCCAGAGCUUCACGAUAUUCCGCAGUUACACGCAUGCAAAACGCUCGGGCUGAGAUCAUCGCAGAUCUCAGUAGUAUGGUCAAAGACAUACUGAAGAUUUUUUACCAGACUUGCGGAAGAAAACCAGAACGAAUUCUUUUCUAUCGUGAUGGCGUUUCAGAAGGACAAUUUAGUGCAGUUUUGGAAAACGAGCUGAAAGGAAUUCAAGAAGCCUGUGGGUCUCUAGAAGAAACAUACAAUCCACCAAUAACUUUUGUGGUAGUCCAAAAAAGACAUCACACACGAUUCUUCCCAGUAACGAAAAACGAUGCAGAUCGCACCGGCAAUUGCCAUACUGGAACUGUGGUCGACGCGAUGAUCACACAUCCUGAUGAAUAUGAUUUUUAUCUUCAAAGUCAAGCUGGGUUACAAGGAACUUGUCGUCCUUGCCAUUAUCAAGUAUUAUAUGACGAGAAUAGAUUGGGUCCAGACCGUUUACAAUUACUUUCUUAUAAUUUAUGUUAUGUCUACGUGCGAUGCACCAGAUCAGUAUCAAUGGUGCCACCUGUCUACUACGCACACUUAGCCUGCUUACGAACACGCUUCCAUAUGCACAGUAUUAAUGAUUCCUUUUCCGAAACCUCUUCCACAGCUGAAACUGAGGAAGGAGGUCAAAGAAGUAGUUUUGUCGCGGUAAAACCCGAGCUUCAAAGGGUCAUGUAUUUCAUGUAA